GUUUGGCUCCUCCUCGGUUUCGGAUCGGCGACCAGGAGUUCGAGGCUCUUCCCGCCCUGCUGGAGUUUUACAAAAUCCACUAUCUGGACACCACCACGCUCAUAGAGCCCAUAAACAAAUCCAAACACACGGGGUUCGUCAGCGCGUCGGCCGGCCCUCCCGUUCAGUCCGACGAGGCCGAGUUCGUCCGUGCGCUUUUCGAUUUCCCCGGAAACGAUGACGAGGAUCUUCCUUUCAAAAAAGGCGACAUCUUGAGAGUUCUGGAAAAACCUGAAGAGCAAUGGUGGAACGCAGCGAACCAG